UGGGGGACCAAAUAUGGGCACUUCCGCUGGAGGCGGCCGUUCCGGGAAGGCGGACGGAAACUUUGAACGAUCGCAACCAGCUUGAAUUGGGCAAGACCGCGAACAAGAGCAGGAAUUUGCCUCCGGGACUUGGAGCCGCCCACCCCGCGGGCAACGACAACAGACAAACUGCGCACGUCACCCUUUUUGUGCAAAGGGUGCAGAAUCUUCCGGCGUUUGCCCACGAGGGAGGGAGAAAGACCGAAAGCAACGAUCGUCCCGUCCUCCUUCAACAAGUACAGAAACGCAUCUCAUAUGAAUUGGCUCAGCAAGGCCGUGUGUGACGACAAAGUAGUAAAAUGGGUUCGGGCCCACUUUUGUCAUCCGCCGGUCACUUUGAAUCAGUUUGCGCCUCAUUUGGAUUUGUUCUUCCCGAUUUCGCUGCAUAAAUCCCCUCUUUGCAAUACCAUUUUCUUGAAUCUGCUGGUUUCUCUGAGCAAAAUCAGAAAUAAUCAUUCAAGUUGUGCUGAUAAUGAUCACAUGAAUAAUCAUGGUCAUUAUCAGGAUACAAGUAUUGAAAACGUUGAAAUCAUGACUGCGACGACUGCCUCUCGCCACUAGAUGGCAUCCAAGUGAACGUUUUUCACUCCAGCAUCUUUGUUUUCUAUUCCGGGGAAGAAAAGAAAGAAAGAAAAAAAAAGCCCUUUCCACCUGCCUGCUGCUUCCUUCCGGUUUCUUGGCGCUUGACCUGACUUGAUUCGGGCACUCUCCUCUUGCCGCUGCCGCGUUGCGGGUGAAGAUGAGCGGCACCGGCGGAUGUUUGCUGCUGGCCCUGAUGCUCCUCUGCUGGCCGACGUGCGCAGAGUCGUCCUCGGGCCAGCACGGGCUGCGUGGCGCCGACGCUUCGGACUCGAACCCGCGGCCGGACGGCGGCGCGCCGCCUCGCCGGCGUCACCGUCUUCAGCAUCGCUCGGGCGGCGAGGUUCACGUGGAGCACGCCGCUGUGGCUGCGCGCCAUCUGGUUACCAUGUUUUUGGCGUUGGACGUCCGCAGUCUGAACACGGCUCUUCUCGGUUGGUUUCGGGGCGGCGUGGCGGCGGCGCUGGGAGUUCCCGUCGACCUCGUCCACAUCAACGCUGUGGAUGAGGAGAAGAACGGCGUGGAGUUGUUCGUGUCGUCGGAGCGGCCGGAUGCUCCCGAGCCCCGCCCGGCCCGGGACGUGGUCCGAUCGCUGGACGCCAGGGUGCUUCAUCGCCACCUGGCUCACUUUGGCAUCACCGAAGUCUCCAGUGAGAAGAACGUCCUUGAGGGGGCGCCGCGGGAGCACGCGCAGAGCCAGGAGUGCUUUUCCGCCGGCAUCCUCAUCUUCGCCAUCUUCAUCAUGGCCUUCGUCAGCUUGACGCUUUUCUAUCGUCUCAAGGCGACGUUGAAGUCUCAGCCGAAAGCUCCGCCCCCUCAUUUCACCACCCAGGCUCGCCCACGGGGUCGGCCGAUCGCCGGGGCCCGGCCGCUUCCCGCGCCCGCCCCGCCGCCGCCGCCGCAGCCCAGCCCCGCCCCUUCCUCCGAAGUCGACCUGACCCCCUCGAUGAGCGUCGCCCCGGUAACGAAUGAGCCGGAGCCGUGCGUCUCCCCCUUCAGGAUGAAAGCGGCGUCACGACUGCAGGAAAGACGCGGCUCCAACGUGGCGCUCGUUCUCGACACGUCUGCGCCCGGCAGCGGCGCCGCGGCGACGCCGCCCGGCGAGGAGGCGGCCCGUGAGUAUCUCGUGGCGGCGGGACGCGCGCUGACGCCGCAGCGACUGCGUGCCCUCGUCAAAGACGUGCGCACGCUGCACGCGGAGUUCUCGGAAAUCCCGAUGAACUUCACGGACCCAAAGCGAGUGGAUGUUCCCAACCACGGAAGCAAAAACCGAUAUGAGACCAUCCUGCCCAGUGAGUCCCGUUUUGUUUUGCCGACCGCGACAACCAGAAAGCGGACGCGUCCGGAUGUGUUGUCUGGCCAAUCAGGAGACGGGAACGUCUGCAUAAAAAUGUCCUGCGCUUGUCUCAUGCCAGAUCCUCAUUCCAGAGUUGUGCUGCGGUCUCCGCUCAGCACCUACAUCAACGCCAACUACAUCCGGGGUUACCUCGGUGACGAGAGGGCCUUUAUCGCCACGCAAGGCCCGCUGGCGAACACGGUGGACGACUUCUGGCUGAUGGCGUGGCAGGAAGCGGCGCCCGCUAUCGUGAUGAUCACCAAGCUCAAGGAGAAGAACGAGAAGUGCGCCCUCUACUGGCCCGAGAGGAGCGGCGUCUACGGGGACGUCCACGUGGAGGUCAACGGCGUCCGAGAGUGUCGACACUACACCGCGAGACGCAUCACGCUCAAGCACGGGCCUCGUACCCACGCGCUACUUCAUUACUGGUUCACGUCGUGGCCCGACCACAAGACGCCCGACGCCGCUUCGCCGCUGCUGCGGCUGAUGGACGACGUGGAGGAGGCGCGACGGGGGGCGGCUCCGGGGCCCGUCAUCGUACACUGCAGCUCUGUGACUUGUUUGGCUUCGAAGGCGCUGAAGCUGUUCGGAUUUGACUCGACUUUGGCGUUUUUCUUUAGCGCCGGGAUCGGCCGGACGGGCUGCUUCAUCGCCGCCAGCGUUGGAGCGCGGCAGCUGGCGGCGGAGGGCGCCGUGGACGUGCUGGCCAUCACGUGCCGGCUGCGCCUGGACAGGGGCGGAAUGAUCCAGACGGCCGAGCAGUACCACUUUGUCCACCGCGCCUUGAGCCUGUACGAGCGUCGCCGCGGCGAUCUGACUUGCGGAGGCGGGGCUUGUUGACUUUGCCGAGCGGGCGCCGGAGAAGAGGGAAAGGUACGCUUUGGCCGGCGGCUUCCUGUUUCCGCCGGUCUCAAGUGUGCCGACCGGCGUUGGCCGCGUUUGGCUUUUGAUGUUGCCGAAGGACGCGAGUCGAAAUGGGAAAUGAUUUGUUGAGUCAAGCCGUUGUGUCAUCCGUUCCGCAAGGCAACGUUCCCUGCGCUGUCAUCCCUCCUACUUUGUACAACGUAUUUCAACGUGAUGAGGCUUUUUUUAGAAGACUAAACAAAAAGGAGCUUUGGA